ACCUCUCUCUUCACAUGUCAUAUCCCUCCCUAACCCUCCCUCUGUCUACUUAAAUCUCUUAUCUCUCAUUUAUACGUAUUCAACCUCAGUCGCCCACACGGCAACCCACAUUCUUUCUUUUCUACUAGCUCGACCUGAGGAAUCUCGCAGGUCGAGCGUUCCUUUCGCACCUACCCUCUACCACCUUUUAACGUUUGACGAGUAACACGAGAUAUUCCAUCGACAACGCUCUCUCUCUCUCUCUCACACACUCACCAUACUCUCAAGUCUACCCGAAGAUCUCACGAGAGCCCACCCUCGUUUCAUCUUCUUACACCCCAAAUCACACAACCCUGAUAGGGAAACAUCCCUCAACCCGACCAACAUUGUCAUCCACCUCAAACCCUUUCCUUGAGUGUUUUACUCUGCAUGAGUUUACACUCAACCCUCGUUUCAGGCCUGCAAGAUCAUUUCAUCCUGACACAACUACAGACGUUGGUUUCGGGAAGGAUGGAUCCUAUCGUUUCUGAAAACGCUGUCAGUCCGCAUGCUCAUACCAUUCUGGGUGGAUCUGCGUUCAGUCAAAACCUGGGUGAUCCAACACAAUCAGCAUGUAGUUCAAAUAUCGUUGGGUCAGAUAAGUCCAACUACUGGUCUCCCCUGCUCUUCUAUCGUUACCCAAACAACACCUACCAACCUAUGCUCGGCGGCGCGCGUAUCUACUAUUUUAUGAAAUCCCCGAAUGUCAAACCUUUUCCACCUGGUUUGCGCAUGAUCACAGGAUCGGCCGUCACUCGAAAUGCGAGCGAUCCGAAGAGUUUGGGAGUAAUGAUUUCCUGUAAUCACGGGUUGCAAACCCAGUAUCUGCCCAAUGCCACCGCUCACCCGAACGGAUGCUCGGCAAUUAGUCUGGGAAUUUUCUUUCCUAGUUGUGGUCUAGCGUCUGGGGAUUUGGAUAGUCCUGAUCAUUUCUCUCACAUGGCAUGGCCACUCUCAUACCUUGGCGGAAAACCUUUCAGCGAUCCUAACGGUGCCACAUGUCCUUCUUCUCAUCCGAUCAAAUAUCCGACCAUAUUCUACGAAUCGAACUAUUACCCCACCCCACAGCAAAAGUGGAGGAACGAUGAGAAUAUCCUUGUAUUAUCUCAUGGUGAUUCUGUUGGAGGUGCAUACCAUGCUGAUUUCCAUAAUGGCUGGGACCAAAAUGUCCUUACCCAGGCCAUUGCCCAAUGUGGGUAUGGCAAAGGUGUAGGGGAGAAUUUAGGAGCGUGUGGACCUUUUAAACCCACUCUAAGUCAGCCCAAUUCAGAGGCUUGCAGGUACCAGAAUCAGAUUCCGGAUGAAGAUAUGGGCUACUGGACCCCCAUCUCCAAACUCCCAGGUUGUAACGGACUCUGGGGCGCAGAACAAGGACCCUCAAAACCGGCCUGUACUUCUCCGGCCCCAAAUCCGUCGUACGUUUAUCCGAAUGUGUACUUUGAGAAUCUCAAGUAUGUUACGCACAUCCCACUAGCCCUUCCCCAGAUAGAUGACACUCAAUCCCUCGAAGGCUGGACCCCGGCGCUCGGUGCAAAAGGUGCCAGUCGUCUCGUACGUUGGGGUUCAGACGGAUCUGAUCAAUCCCUGCUCCACGUCGGUACACAAGCUGAGAUUAUCGCGGGGAGAUCAUCUGGGACUUCUGCCCCGGCUGGCUCAGGAAACGAUUUGGCGGCACCUGUGGAAUCUUCAGGUACGACUAAUUCGACAAGUGUCUCCGCUACACCUGUGAAGGAAGUAUCACACGAAAGUACGACACCGACAGAGACAUGUUCGACAGCUGGGGCGACUUCGACGAAGCAUUUGCCGAAGGUUUGCAAGAAAAAGAACAAACCUUCCAAACGCGAGUUGAGUAACCAUCUUACUCGUCGUCGUUCUCGUCACCUCGGUCAUUGAACGAAAUUUGUACAUAGACUUUUUCCCGCGCUGGACGCAAGAAUGAAGACUCGUGAUUGUUUGGCAGCAUGUUAGUCUGGAAUGGGUCGGAUAAGAAGAGAUUUGAACACCCCGCAUGUCAUUGGUAUAUACCCGGGUAGGAGUGGAAUGUAUAUUCAGGCGCUGGUGCGCAUUCUUGUUUUU